AUGGAGUUGACAAAUCUGAUUAAAGGCAACAAAGAGAAACUUAUGGCAGUGUUGGAUGAAAUGGUUUGCGAGAAUAGCGUUCGUCUACGAAGCCUCAACGACCAGAUGCUUUCUAAUCCUGAUCUCACCACUGUUUAUUUGGCUGUCGCCACAUCCAACGGUAUUGAGACGGUGCCUUUGGAGUUCGGUAGUGCUGAGAAGAGAGCCGUUUGGGAGACAGCAUUUCGCGAGGCUAAGACUGCACUCAGUGAGUUUUUUUAG